AUGCUCCAAAGCUUAUCUCACUUUUCGUCGUCCUCAAAGCAACAAAUCGUUGCAAAAACCACAGAAGGUCGCCCUCAUAAAACAAAAAGAUUGGUCCUGUCACCACAGCAGCAUUUUCACCCAGUCCGGACGGUCAACGGCUACUGGCAUCCCCAACUCCCGCGGUCUCCCUAUCCACAACCUGCCAUGAUGCCAUACUACGGUCCUCCGCCACAACAGCAGUACCGUCCGAUCCAGCAGCCAGACAAUCAACAGCCCGGUCGUCCUCAUGAGCAGUUGUACUCUCCAGUCAAGACUACUACUACUACAGCAGAUGCGAACAAUGACGAUGAUAUAGUUUUUUUUUUGUUGCCCAUGGACUACCGUCCCUGUCCCCGCACGGUCAUUAUUGUUGGCAACCAUAACAAUAAUAAUACGCAGGACCAUCAUGCCGGCAAUGUUCGUUUUCAACAGCUUGUCCAGAGAGAACUGGGCGCUUAUCGUGCUGCGGAAACCGAAAACAAGACCACUGUCAUUCGGCGUGUCUUGACAGAACUCCAGUACGCAUUCGUCCAGCAAGACGUGGCCACAUGCCGCUGGUAUCGCGUUCCAGACGCCGCACAGCGAGAUCUUGUGGAACGGGUCUUUCAGAAUGCAAUCAAGGACAACAGAACAGCAGCACUCUACAUCAGUCGUAGUUCACGGAACAGGAACUGGUUGCGUCAAGAACAGGAACACAGAAACGGAACGCGGCGGUGGCGAUGA